AUGGACAUCAAGAAUCACAAGACUGAGGAACCUAGGAAGGCCACCAGCCUGGACGAGAAGAUCGCCAAAGUGAGGAGGGGAAGGAGGAGAGCGCAGGAGGAGCAGACAAAACAAGAAACAGCAAAUGGAGGUGCUGAAGAGGCUGCACAGGAGGCUAAGGCAAGCCUUGAAGAUAGUGAGGAGGAAGAAGAGGAGGAGGAAGGCUACUCCUCUGCAGACGAGGGAAUCUUCUCAACAGCAGACACACUCAAGGUGAAGGGGAAGCAGAAGCGGAGAAGAGGGGGAGGAGAAGAGGAUCUCGCUAUCCAAGAAGCGGAGCUGUUCUUUGGGGAAGAUGCCUCGCAUUACGAUGACAGCCUGUCCUUCCAAGACAUGAACCUCUCGCGCCCCUUGCUGAAGGUAGCUGGUCCCAGAGCCGGGGGAAGCAGUGCCGGGAGGGGGUCUCUUCCAGGGAAGACGGCGGCCUUCGCCCUGCCCGUCUUGGAGCGCUUGAUCUACAAACCCCGGCAGGCCCCCGUGACCCGCGUCCUGGUCCUGGUGCCGACCCGAGAGCUGGGCAUCCAGGUGCACGCGGUCACCCGGCAGCUGGCGCAGUUCAGCAGCAUCACCACCUGCCUGGCCGUGGGCGGCCUGGACCUCAAGAGCCAGGAGGCGGCCCUGCGGGGGGGCCCCGACAUCCUCGUGGCCACCCCGGGGCGCCUGAUCGACCACCUGCACAACUGUCCCUCCUUCCACCUGAGCAGCAUCGAGGUCCUCAUCCUGGACGAGGCCGACCGGAUGCUGGACGAAUACUUUGAGGAGCAGAUGAAGGAGAUCAUCCGGCUCUGCGCGCGGCAUCGCCAGACCAUGCUCUUUUCGGCCACCAUGACGGAGGAGGUGAAGGACUUGGCGUCCGUCUCCCUGAAGAACCCGGUUAGGAUCUUUGUGAACAGCAACACGGACGUGGCCCCGUUUCUGCGCCAGGAGUUUGUCCGCAUCCGGCCCAAUCGUGAAGGGGACCGGGAGGCCAUCGUGAUCAAUUUCACGAUGCCCAACACCACGAAACAUUACGUGCACCGCGUAGGGCGUACGGCACGGGCAGGGCGCGGGGGCCGCUCCGUGUCCCUGGUGGGGGAGGAGGAGCGCAAGAUGCUGAAGGAGAUCGUCAAGGCGGCCAAAGCGCCAGUCAAGGCCCGGGUGCUCCCCCAAGGUGGGUGUCUGAACACUGCCAAGCGGAAACUGGAGGCUGGCGGGCAGGAGGCAGCGGAGGGCGUCAGCCGCAGCUGGUUCCAGACCAAGGAGGAGAGGAAGAAGGAGAAGCUGUCCAAGGCCCUGGAGGAGUUUGACCUGGCCUUGCGUGGCAAGAGGAAGAGGGAGAAGUUCAUGAAGGAGAGGCACAAGAAGGCCCAGAUGACGCCUGAGGAACGGUCCCAGUUUGAGAUCUUGAAGGCCCAGAUGUAUGCUGAACGCCUGGCAAAGAGGAGCCGCCGACCCGCCCGAGCCCGGGCCAUGCCGGAAGAUGCUCCGCCGGCAGGCCGGGGAAAGCCGAAGAAGAAAGUGUCUGUGUUCGAUGAGGAGCUCACCAAUACCAGCAAGAAGGCCCUGAAGCAGUAUCGGGCCGGGCCCUCCUUUGAAGACCGCAAGCGCUUGGGCCUCGCCUCGAGGAGGAAAGGGGGCAACUUCAAAUCCAAGGCCAGGUACAGGCGGAAGUGAGAAGAGGAACUCCCCCCCGGCUUGCCCGUGCCGCCCUCUGCAAGGUAGUGGGAGGCAGCAGCUGCAGCCAGGGACGAAGAGGCUGACUCCCCCCGGCUUCCCUCCUUGCAGGGCCUGCUCAGCCGGACUCUGCGCACUCUGCCCUCUUGGUGGAGCUCUUCUUCAUGAGCACCUUUUUAGUAAAAAUGUCUUCUAAUUCUGUCUCAGACGUGAUGUGUUGUCCACGUGGGCAGCUAAGGGGGUCGGGGCACCUUCCCUGGGAUACACAAAUGUGUGCCUGCCUGCGCCCGUGCCAAAUCGGAAAUGCACAGUCAAGAGUCCAACAAGGUAGAUGAAUAUCUGUUUAAUGCAUUGAGACAGGGAAUACAGGGGGCUUGAGUGCCUUUGCACCUCAGCCAUUCCGAGGCUGCCUCCUGCCA